GUUUAAAAGUAUUAAUCACAAUAUCGAAAGCAAAAAUUGCCGGUUUUUCGAACUCGAAAGCUUUUUCAACUCUGUGUACUCAGAGAGCAAAUUGUUUUAAUUUCACAACGAAAAAAGCUCAAAACAGCGGCCAUCAUUUUGCCUAGUUUAUUUCUUGGCAGCAGCGAAGCAGCUGCGUUUGUUUAUUUACUCUUGUCGGAAUCAAAGUCUUGCUUUGGCGAAAUGACGCAGUUGUCGGACGAACAGUUUCGCAUACUGAUUGAAACCAUCAAAUCAUUGGCACCCCAGAAAGAUGAAACAGAGCAGCACUCAAGGGGCAGCUUCAGCAAUUGUAUGGCCCGAUUUAGUGGGCAGCGGGACCAUGACGCCGUCGAGGUGUUCAUAACGGCAGUGGAAACGUACAAGGAGGUGGAGGGCAUCAGCGACAAGGACGCGCUGAAAGGCAUCACGCUGCUGUUCCAUGGUAUUGCCGUUGUCUGGUGGAAGGGCGUGCGGCGCAAUGUUAAGACCUGGCAAGAUGCACUGCAGCUGCUGCGGGAUCACUUCUCGCCCACCAAGCCCGCCUAUCAAAUCUACAUGGAGAUCUUCGAAACGAAGCAGACGCCGGGAGAAGUGAUCGAUGCCUAUAUUUGCAAGCAACGCGCUCUGCUCGCCAAGCUGCCGGACGGGCGGCACGACGAGGAGACCGAGCUGGACUUCGUCUACGGCCUAAUGCUGCAAAAGUACAGAGAACACAUACCACGACAUGAGAUCAAAAACUUCCGAGAGCUGCUCGAGCGUGGCCGCAACGUGGAGCGCAUGCGGCACUAAAAUCUAGACUAAGUUAGUGGAAUAUUUUUAGAUAGACAAAAGUAUUUAUUAAAAAACAUAAAUACAGUAAAAAUUUUAGAUAUAGACAGGAACAAACCGAACUAAGCUCAAAGAAUUCCAAAUUGAGAAUUUCAAAAACAAAAUGCAUUUACUUCUAAAAACAAGAUUCAUUGAAUGAAACAACAAAGCAUUUGCCUCUCGAAGAUUCGAUACCCGAUCUAUUGUUUCCAUGCAAAAACUAUCCCUCUAUAAGAGUUAUAUAUAGAUGCAUAUCUAGAUUUUAAGCGAACGAGUUAAUUCUCGAUCUGAGCAGAAUUUACUUUAAUCUUUAAUACAUGGCCUGAGUAAAGUUGUGUCAGAAACUUGA